CGGCACAGAGAGCGCAUUCCUGACCUUUUGGAGAGUCCGGGCUCGAGGCGGGACCACCUGAGACAUUCGCGCUUUGCCUCCGGAAGCCACGGCAAUGCUCACCCAACGAGGCGCUACGAGCACCAACAGGCCGCUACAGGUAGCAACAAGUACGAACGUGUCAGCCCGCACCCACGGCGCAGGCUUACCAACGCCGCGAGGCUUGAGCAACAAUACCGCAACUUUCACGAUCAGUCGAGCAGCGACGAGUGCCUCGUCAACCUCAGCCGCAGCAAGUCCAAGAGCACGAGCUCAAUCGACACCCAGUCGGUCAACAACAUCCUCGACGAGUAUGAGGACCUUAACUACCGUCGAUCCUCGGAUCUAAGUGACGUCGAGGUUGACCUUGACAUCGGGGUCAACAAUUUCGAGGAGUUGAUGGACAUGCAGAGGCGCCACGCCGUUGAGAAGCAAAGUUAUCGGCACCACAGGUCGCACAACCAACAGCGGCAGCACUUCCAUCAGCCCGUGUCGCCGACCAAGAUCAGCCGGCAGACGCAGGUGCACCAACGCUCGCGUGACAGGCAGCGCUUCCUGUCUCCCAUAGCAACAGUGGUGGCGGGAGUACCAACAGAAGAAAGCUUACGCCACGCUGACAAGAGAAACCCAGCCAUGGCGUUCCAGUUGAACCAGGAGGCGCGCUCGAGCACCCGCUCAACCAAGGCGAACGCGCCCGAGGUGCUGAUGUUGCGCAAGGGUGAGGUCCAGAAGCGGGUUGACGAGUGGUUGAGCCAGACGCGGAGCCAGAAUUGCGCGGGCUUCAACGCAAGGGAGGCCAGAUCCAAGACAACGGCGACAACAGGCCUAACGCGGUCCAACAGUAGCGCCGAGCAGAAGAGCCACCGCAGAAUGCGUCAGCAGGAAUCGAGGAUCCGUCGGUCGCAGCUCAACGGCUCCUCGAGCUACGACGAUCUUACCCAUGACGAGCUAAGGACGAGUAACGACCAGCGAGCCAGCGUUGCCGUCAGCACGAGCCGGGGCACUUACCGGCAGUACCUUGCUCUAAAGAAUCGUGCGCGCGUGCAAAGGCAACAGCAGCAACAGCUACAAGAGACAAGCACUGGACUUCGCUCGAGGGAGGCUAGCCCAGCGGGAGCACGGGCUCAGCAGUCUCGAGCCGACCCGGCCAAUUCCAGCUUCCGCUCGGUGUCGUCGAAUCGCCCUGGGAUCGAGGAGUCACCUAAGAAACAGGAGCACCAUCCCCAUAAUCCAUCAUGGCCCGGGGAGGCAGCGCCGCUAAUAAGCGUCCGUGGCAAAAAUGCUCGGGUCAAGCACCAGAUGGAGAACCGUAUUUCCAGUCUGGUGAAGGCGCGGAACGAGAUGUCAGCAGCUCCACCACCUGAACCCACGAUCGUCCGUCGCUCCUCCUUCAAACGCGAGUCCAUACGAGCCAGUUCCAACGAGCAAGACGCUCCAGGAAGCACGAGUGGUCCCACAGAGUCUGGCUCAGAUUUGUCCCAGGAACACUUGGUAUCGGUCAACGCACGCAUCCAGGCGUUCCAAGACCGAAGUGAGGGUCGGUCGAGCAAGUCGAGGAACAGCAACAACCUGCAAGGCUCGAAUGUUCUCAUCGAGAUGAGGAACAAAUCACCGAUGUCACCAACAAGGAUGCCAGAUUCCCUCAACCAGUCGACCUUCAAGCCUCAGACUCCCGUUCAGCCAGAAAAGCUGAGCUCCCAACCUAGUAGGCCCAACGAUGUCGACUGCUUGACGACUAAGUACGUCGAAAAGAUCUACGAGUCGACCCUCCAGCCGGAGGUCAUUCACGCGGAUAAUCUAGAGUCUGUAUUCAAGCCCGGCCGGAUGCACUUCGUCUACGGAGAGAGAACGUCCAAGGAUGUGGACGCGAGCCUAGGCUUCGGGAAAAGAGACGAGGACACAAACGACAAGAAAAAAAUCAGCGGGCCCAUUCGCAAGGGCUUAGAGCCAGAGAGCAAGCCCGAAUCAACGGGACUUCAUAGUUGCAUCAAAAUCCUGCAGAGGUCGCCUAGCUUUAGGCUAAAGAGGGCACCACCUGUCCAGAAAAAAAAGGAAACUCAAGAUCCCGAGGAAGAUCGGCAACCCCAGCAUGUGCUGACCACAUUUGGAACUUCAAGCCUUAAAGCGACUGAUGGGGUUAAUUUAGCCUGUGAUGAAGCUGCCAGGCAGCAGGGAAACGGCGAUUAUUCGCGAGCACGGGAAAACCUCGACCCGAACUCAUACGAGUCCCGGAGCACGUUGAAGCUUAACAGCGGUGGCCACGUUACGAGUGAUGGUACGGUUUUAACGGAGAUAUCGUCGAGCAAGAGCUUGUCAAGUGAAAACCAGCCUAUCCCUCCAGUCCAAGUCGAGUCGGUCUGCAGUACCAUCCAAAGUGAUAGAUCGACGACGGCGGGUGGUACGGCGCUUAUCAACAGCAGUGACGUGCUGAUUAAAAAUCUGAAUUUCGAACAAGAUUUGCCUCCCGUACCACCACUGCGUACUUGUUUCGAGCGUAGGCAAGAACCGGCCCUCGUCGUCGAGAUCGCGCCUCUGCGGAACAAGCCGUUGAACUACAAUAGUGUUCUGAACGAUGAUUACACGGAUCUGCAGACGCGAGUUCCGAGCCAGCAGAUGGAAAACGGAAAAAUUUACGUUACUAGGGAGGAAAUGGAGCGAAAGAGGCUGAUGGAUCUACUAAGGAGAGGCGAGUUCGAUGCUGUUAAAACGGAGCUCGAGCGAAGCUACACCUUGUCGACACCCGGCACCGAGAGUCCAGUCUUCUGUCCACCACCUUGCUCGCCACCACCGGCGCCUGCCGCCUACAUAUCCAGCGCCCGCGCCUCGUCGCGCAGACUAGCCUCGGGCACCAGUCUUGGCCCGGCUGGUGCAGCCACCUCCCCCGAACGGGAUCCCCUCGGCCGGCUGAUCAGAUACCUAAAGACCUUCUACCGAGAAGUGGGUACGAGGGAUCCGCCGCACUUGCCACAAUGGGCCUCGCCACUGCCACCAGGCACUUUGUGCCCGGCCCACUUUCAGCCGCACCUCCAAAUCGUCCACAAGAGCGAGCAGGAGCAUCGGCUGGAGAACAUCAAGAUGGAUCAAAUUUUUUCCCCGGUCAGGCUGGGCGACUGCUCGAUCGCAGACGCGCCCCGUCGCGUGUCCGUCGAAGGCGGCCCAGGAAGCGGUCGCACGACCUUCUGCCUGCGGCUGUUGUACCAAUGGGCGACCCAGAGCGAGGGUCCCACCCUGGCAUUUGUGGUGCCGCUGCGGGAGUUGCGGGGCGGGCAGCUGUUGAGCUACCUGACGCGAGAGCUGUUUCCGCGCGGCGGGCCCCUGUCAGAGGCGAUCCAGCAGGUGUGGCGGACGCUGCAGUUGCUGGAGGACCGGCUGCUGUUCGUCCUCGACGGGUACGACGAGUGCGCUCCAGGCAGGGCUGGGCUCGGGGACGCCCUGGACCUGCUCGAGGGGAGGCUCUUCCCGGAGGCGAGGCUGCUGCUCACGUGCUCGGCCAACGACGCCGCGGCUCUCGGGCCGUUCGUCCAGAGGAGGCUGCACCUCGCCGGGUUGGAGUGGGCCCACGUCGAGAGGCUCUGCGUCGCUUACUUCAUUCACAACGACAUGGCCGAGAGGGCCUGCGAGUUUCUCGAGGUACUCAACGUGCAGCCCUUGCACGUGAGGCAGUUGGCGCAGCAUCCACUCGGCUGGACGAUGCUCUGCGUGCUCUAUCAGGACAGCGGUAGUCUGCCGCCGGAGAUGAGUGCCUUGGUUCAGUCGGCGGUGAAGUGCGUGGUGAAGCGUAGCCUGGAGCCAUCGGUGGCCCCCAACGAGGAGAUACCCGGGCACUGUCGCAAACGCCUCGAGGACUUUGGGAAGCUCGCACUGGCGGCUCUGCGCGAAAACCGCUGCUACUACAGCGAAGCCGAGCUGAGGAGUCGGGGAGGUGGCCUCGAGAUCACGAGACUCGGCUUCCUCAACAGAGGGCUCACGUUCGCCCAGAGGCGCAAGGCCGACUUGUACACGCCGAUCCACCUGUCGGUCGCUGAGUUCCUUUCUGCCUACUAUCUCUCGUCGAUCGCGCAGUACGCCAACAUCCUGCGCCGCGAGCUCGAGGGCCUGCCCCCGGGGAUAAUCGGCCACUUGGCCGGGCUCCUGGGCCCCAAGACCCACCUCGUGCUCAACCAGCUGUGUCCCCUGGAGGUGCCGGCUCGGGCGAUGUUUGGCCUGCUGAGGGCAGCUGGGGCCUCGGACGGCAACGUCGGUGCCGUGUGCCGGCUGGUUGGGGCUGGCCCGGGCUUCGGACCGGCCCCGAGCGAGCGCUCGCCCGCCCCUUUGGUCCACACGUCGCCGCUGGAGCUCGAGGGCUGGGCCCGGGUGCUCGAGAGCUCGGCGUGCAGUCUCGAGGCGCUCGAGGUGGUGUUUCAGGUCGAGCGGGGCUCCGAUCCGCGCCACUUGGCCGAGUUCUUCGAGGCCCUGGCGCGCAACGAGAGCGUCAAACUCGUGAGGAUCACGUCCCUACUGGGCCAGGAGUUUCCCGCUGACGAGGUGCUCAGGCUCGCCGAGCACGUCAGGAACGUGCUUUGCAAGAAGAGGCUGCACGAGUUCGAGCUCGUCAUCACCUGUCUCGAGGAGUCGGCCCAUGACCGGCUCGAGUGCGUGGUGAGCGCGCUGUGUCGGGGCAUGAGCCAGGCCUCGAAUCAACUGUCGCGGCUGGUCCUCGACAUGAACUUGUCGGGCGAGCAGGUGUCGCGGGUGUGCGAGGCGUUGCGCCACUGCAGCCAAGUGCAGGCGCUGCAUUUGCCGCAUCUGGGCUGCGGCUGCGAGGGUCUAGCCUCCGUGGCCGAUCUUCUGAAGGAGCGACCGCUGCUCGCGCUCAACCUUGCCGGCAGCUGGGGUGCGAAGAAUGAGGAUCCGUCCAGCUCUGGGAUCAGCAUGGGUUCGGGCUCCGGCUCAGGGAGCAGUGGCUGCGCGUCAAGUACCCUCGGCAGCCUACCGGCGAACAAUCGAUGCUACUCGUCCCUUCCACGAGGUGCUCUAGCCGCUUAUGGUGGCUCGAACCGACCGGCUACCUUGCCACGAUUGCCCCUCGGCGUGGGCGUGCCAGGUGGCAACGGCAGUUUACCCAGCACCAGUGGCAACGAGCGCGACCGCGACAGCAGCAACGGCAGCAGCAAACGCAACAGCGACAGCGUCCUGUGCCACAGGCUACCUGGACUGUCGCCUCUACCUGCCUGUGACGUCGUCAGCCAUCAGGGUACCGGCUUUCACGAGAUCUUUAAUGCUAUCAGGGAGCCAAACUGCAAGCUGCGCUCGCUAAAUGUAUCCAAGUGUUUGCUGGGUGGCCUGGACGCCGCCUGCCUGGGCGAGACGAUCAGACGAGCGCGCAAUCUGGACGCGGUGAGAGCGGCGGGGGCCUCAAGGCCCAUCGACGUGAUGCCUCUGGUGCUCGCCCUGGCCGAAGCCCCCUGCCUCCAGUUGCUCGAUCUCGCCAGUCCCCGUCUUGCCCUCGACGACCACCCGUGCAGGCUACUCUGCCACGCGCUUGCUCGCAACUCGACCCUUCGUUUGCUCAGCCUCGAGGGCUGGACCUUCAGGAUUGAGGAAUCGGAGACGCUGUCCGUGUUUGCGGAGCUGCUGCGCUGUACGAGCGUGCGAGAACUGAGUCUGUGCAACGCCCGUCUCCACUUGGCCGUGCACGAGGGCCCACUGUCAAGGCUGGGCCGCCGUGACGACGCUGGGGCCGAACUGCUCAGGGCCGCGGCGCCACCCACCUGUCCAGACGUCGUUUUCCUCAGGCUAGCUGGUUUUCAGGUGACGGUUAACGACAGACUGGCACUACGGGGCCCGUUGCUGCUGCCCUUCCUUGCGGGCUUCACGAGCUUGAGCGAGCUUGACCUCUCGCUCGACAAAUCAACAGUCGGUAACAACAACUACUCGAGCAGUGGUAGCUCGCUCCUGUUCAUCGACGACCGUAUCCUCGUGCAGUUCUUCAGUUGCCUGGCCAGUGGUUUCCGAGGCCUCCAGUCGCUCCGCAUCAACCACUGGCGCGUCAGCCUCGAGGAAAGCGAGCGCAGCCUCCGGCAGAUCGGCAAGCAGCUGCAGCGCGGUUGCACGAGCCUGAGCUUUCUCAAAGCGGCCGGGCUCUACGUUACCGACAGCGCCAAAAAGACAAGGAUCGAGCACUGCCUCGUCCAAACGCUCCUGGCUAACCUGCACUCGCUCGCCUGGCUCUGCAUAGACGGAGUCGAGCUCGCCGAGGCCCAAGCUGCAAGUAUCGGCAAAUGCGUGCGCGAACGAUUUUCAGGCUCGAGUCUCGAGAUCAGCGCCAAAGACGUGCACGUGAGGGCCGUCAAGGCGCUUGUUACGAGCAUCGAGGAAGCCGGCCGGGCCGAGGUACUCUACGCUGGUGGCGCUGCCUGUCGGCUCAAAAUCACCAAGAUACAGAAGGGCUCCAAAGCUCGAAGGAAGUGAAUACCCUCACUACGGUAUACAUUGUUUUAAGCUUACCUGAGCGAUACUUUUGUUUGUUUUUUUUUUGGUGGGCGUCUCUUUCUCUGGCUGAGCUAAUUGUACAGUUGUUGUUAGAAAGAGAGCGAUCGCAUUCAAUCGCAAAGUUUGUUGUUAUUGUAAUUUUGCAGGGGACGGAAGAAAUGUUGAUGACGAUGGUAUAUAUGUUGUAAUUUGUAAAUAUGAAAGUUGAAUCAAACGAAAGCGAAAGUGGGUCGAUUUUUAUGCUUUGCCAACGAUCCGAAGCUGAUGAUCGUAAAGCAGAUAAAGAGUAUAUUGAGUAGUUUUUGGAGUCAUUCAACUGAUUUGACUUCGUAUCACUUGUUGCCAAUCAAAAAUAUAUAUAUUCUAUUUGGAAAAAUUUUUAUCUAAGAAAAUACAUACCUUUUCAUUGGACUCUGCCUUAAGAGGACGCAGAUCCGUAAAUGAGGCUCUACUUUCCGGCCGAGGCAAGAAUGAAAAGUCACAUAAAAUUUUUAAAAAUUUGUUACAGCUUUUUUAUCUGUUGAGAAAACUACAUACUUUGUAAGAUUUUACUGUUUUUAUAAAUAUUUUGACCCUACUUUUUUAGUUAACGAGUAUCGUAUUUGUAAAAUGACAUAAUGAAGUUGCUCAUGUAAGGUGACUGCAAGUACUGUCCAAAUUACAAUCGUAAACGCACUGCCAAUAAAUUUAUGCAAUUAAAAUUUACACAAAUAUCAAAUAACCUCUUUUUUGUCGAAAUUGAGUGAUGAAAUGAAUAUGUUUAUGUAUUACACAUGCUAAUAUUACAUUGCAAACUAAACAUAAUUUAUGCAAGUUACUGUGAUUAAAACAGCUUAUACUGGUAGCAAUUUCAGCAAAAGAAAUAUUUCAGCUUGGUGAUAAAUCUCUCUUGCUCCUUCAAUAUGUGAUUAUCAUUAAUCUCUCUAAAUAGCUAUCGUAAAAAGUUGAUGUUUGCAAAAAAUUUAUGAAUCGAAAAUUGAAUUUAUAUAAAUUUUUAUGCCUUUGACUGACUGAUAUUGACGUACAUUAUAAAACAUACUUAUAUGUUUCCGAAACUCCAACUAUGAAUAAAAUUCUGAUUUUGAAGAAUUUACACUGUAGAAAUAAAACGAAAAA